AUGGCGUCCGCGGAGGAACUAAAGGCGGAAAACACCCGCCUUCAAGCGGAGAUGCAGUCCAUGAAAAAGAAGAUUGUUUUAGCUCUCAAAAAGCAGCAGGCGGAGCUUCAAUCUAAAGUCCAAGAGGCCGAACGAGUCCGGGACGAGGCUUUAAAGCGAGCCGAAGCCGCGGAAUCAGGAGCUUCAAACGGAGAUGCAUCUAAAGGAGCGGAUCCGGCGGCGCUGCAGCAGCUGCAGGACCAACUGAAUGCGUCUCAGCAGGAACUGAAAAUGCUAAGAGAAGAGUACGUGGUUGCGAGCGAGAAGGUCAAGGCUGCUGAAGACCAGACCAGAUCAGCGGAGGAGGAGAGAAAGAAAGCCAUGGACGGCGCGAAUGCGGCUCAGAAGAGCCUUCGCGCGUCGAAAGAGGAGGUCCAGAUGGUCCGCGAGCAAUGGACGGCGGCGCAAGGCGCGCUGAUGACCACUCAGGAGGAGCUUACGAGUCUGCAGGAGCAGCUGCGGAAAGCGCAGGGGGAGGCGCGGGAGGCGCAGGAAGGGCGCGCGGCGGCGCAGCACGCGCUGCAGGCGCUGGGGGAGCGGGUGAAGGCGGCGGAGGCGGAGAAGCGGAGUGAUCAGGCGGAGCAGCGGCGCGCGCAGGAGGUGGUGGCGCGCGCGGAGCAGCAGCUGAAAGCCGCGCAGGCGGAGCGCGAGAAGGCGAUGGAGGCUUUGAGUGCUGCGCGGAGAGAGCUGGAGGGGUCUCGGGCAGACGGGGAAAAGAUGGCCGGGCAGCUGAAAGCAAUUCAUGUGGAAUUGGAAGCUUCGAAGGAAGAUGGGAGCAAGUUGCAGGCGCUGGUUGCGGACUUGCAGAGGAAGCUUCCUGUAGUGGAGCAGGAAAAGGAAGGGCUGAGGGGGGAUAAGGAGAAGUUGGAAUCGGAGAUUAAGGCGCUAAGUGAUGAGCUCGAGGGUCUGCGACACGGCAAGGAAGCUUCGCUGGAAGAUCUGCGCGCGCAAGUCGAAAGUUCCAGGAAGGAGCUGGGGGAAGUCAAAUCGGAGCUAGAAAAGGCGAGGGAGGAGGCUGGAAAGGCCCAGUGUGAGGCGACGAACAAGGGCGCGCAGGUGGAGGAGUUGCUUCAGGCGCAGACGGUGCUUCAGGGGGAGGUUGAGAAGGCCAAGGCAGCGGAAGCAGAGGCGCAGGAAGAACUGGGGAAGGUGCGAUGCGAGGCGACGAACAAGGGCGCGCAGUUGGAGGAGCUGCUUCAGGCGCAGACGGCGCUUCAGGGGGAGAUUGAGAAGGCCAAGGCAGCGGCAGCAGAGGCGCAGGAAGAACUGGGGAAGGUGCGAUGCGAGGCGACGAACAAGGGCGCGCAGGCAGAGGAGCUGCUUCAGGCGCAGGCGGCGCUGACAGGGCAGGUGGAAGAGGCGAAGGCCGCAGCAGCUAAAGCAGCUGCGGCGGCAGCAGAUGCAGAGGCGGCUCUUCAAGCGCAGCUGGCAGAAGCGAAGAAAGAAGUUGCCAGCCUUACCUCACAGCUGAAGGGCAUGCGAGGGGCCAUGGAUCACGUGCAGAAGGCUGCUUCGGAGACAGAGGAGAGCAUCCAGAAAGAGCUGGCAGAUCUCGCCGCCAAGUCAGAUUCCCUCAAAGACCAGCUGGCAGCCGCGCAGGCUGAGCUGGCAUCGGCCAAAUCCUCGCUGGAGAAGGAGAUUCAUUCGAGAGAGGCAGCGCAGAGAGAAGCAGAGGAGGCUCGAGCGGCGUUGGACUCUUUCCAGGAAAGUGCCGGGAAGGAGCAGCAGCAGGCUGGGGAGCUGUGGCAGCAGCUUCUAGACACGCGGAAGCAGGUUGCAGCAGAGACGGAUAGGGCUGAUGGGAGCGAGAAAGAGGCGGAGGGAUUGAGGAAGAGGGUUGAGGGGUUGGAAAAGGUGGUUGAGGAGAAGGAGAAGGAAGGAGAGGCUGUGAGGGGGGAGCUGGAGGGAGUGAGGGGUAGGUUAGGGGAGGUGGAGGGGAGGGUGAAGGAGUUGGGGGAGGAAGUUGCUGUGAAGGAGGAGGAGGUGGGUGGGCUGAGGAGAAAGUUGGAGGUUGCAUUGAAAGCAGCUGAGGAGGCGAAGGAGGAGGGUGAGAAGGUAAGGAAAGUGGCUGAGGAGCUAAAGAAGGAGAUGGAUGCGUUAGUAGGGGCGAAGGAGGCGGAGAUUAAAGCCAAGGAGAAGGAGAUUCAGGGGCUAAAGGAGAAGCUGGAGCAAGCGGUAGCAGAGAAGGGAUCAGGCGAGGCGGAGGCUGCUAAGAUGGGCGAAGACAGGAAGGCGUUAGAGGGCCGGGUGGCGGAGCUUCAAGGGGAGCUGGAGAAGGCGAAAGCGGAGGUGGAGAGCGGUAAAGAGGAGUUGGAGAGGGUUAAAGGGGAAGCAGAGAAAGCACAAGGGGAGGCAGAGAGUGUUAAAGGGGAACUCGAGAGGGUGAAAGAGGAGGCAGAGAGAGCGAAAGGGGAGGUGGAAAAGGGUGUGGUUGAAGUGGAGGAGGCGAGAGGCGCGCUUAAGGCAGCAGAGGAGAGGGUGAAAGAAUUGGAGGUGAAGGAGGGAGAGUGGGAGGGGCGAGAGGCUGAGUUGAGGAAGAAACUGGAAACAGCAGAGGCGGAGUUAGCUGCUGCUAAGGCUGAAGCCGCAGCAGCAGGGGCAGAGGCGGCAGGGGCAGCGGCAGCAGGGGCUGUGGCAGGAGAGGCGCGAGUGGGAGAGCUGGAAGAGGCGUUGAAAGCGGUGAAGAGGGAGAAGGAGCGGUUGGAGGAGGAGUUGGAGGAGGCGUUGGGGAAGGUGAGGGAAGCGGAGAGGAAGAGCGAGCAGGUACAGGCAGAGAUCAAAGCAGAGCUGCAGGGGAUGAGGGAGAAGAGCGAAAAGGAGUGCGCAGAGAGGGCGGAUGGAGAGAAGAGAGUGACUGAGCUCACUGCUGAGUUGGAAGGGGUGAAAGCAAGGGUAGAAGCAGCAGAGCUAGAGGCAGGGAGGAUGAGGGAGGAGGCGGAGAGGGGGAGGGAACAGCUGGCAAUGUCGGGCGGUGCGCAGGCUGAGGAGCUGGCGAAGGUGAAUGCUGAGCUGGCGACGGCAAACGCUGAGCUGGCGCGGGUGUCGGGUGAGCUGGCGCAGGCUGCAGCUGCCCGUGUGGCGGCGGAGGAGGCGGCUGCCAGAGUGGCGGGCGCUGCAGGGGAGGCGAUGGGGAAGGCUGAGUCAGCAGAGAGUGAGCUGGCGACAGUGCGCAGCAAGCUGGAGGCAGAGGUGAAGGCAGCGGAGGACAAGUAUGCGGAGCUGGACAGCAAGUUCAACCGCCUGCAGAAGCGCGCCAAGCAGAGAAUCCAGGAAGUGACCAAGGAGAAGGAGGAGGCAGAGCGGAAGCUGGGUGAGGAGAGGAAGCAGCAAGCGGCGUUGCAGGAGGAUCUGGAGAGAGCCAAGGGGGUGGCUGCAGAGGCGCAGCGGACGGCCGAGAAGGACAAGGAUCAGCUGCGGAAGACCAACGCGUCGCUUAAAGAAGAAGUGGACGAGCUGAGGCGGGCCUUGGAACUGAAGGAGCACAAUCUGAAGGAGUCGCGCAGGCUGGCAGCAGGCAAGGAGCAGGCGUGGCUGGAGCUGUCGAGCUCAGCACAGGAGGAGCGGGAGCGCAUGGCAGGGGCAGUGAAGGAGGUGGAGGAGCGAAUGGAGCGGAUGGGGAAGGAGCAGGAGGCGCGCGCGGCUGAGCUGCAGAGGGAGCUGAAUAAAGCACUGGAGAGCAGCAGUGCGCUGCAGGUCCAGCUGUCGCAGAAGGAGCGCCAGCUGGCAGAGGUGGAGGCCGCCACGUCAGGCGAGCUGGCGCGGCUGUCGGCCACUCUGGAGGCGACACGUGGCGAGCUGCACCGGCUGGAGCAGAAGCUGCAGGAGGAGCGGAGCGGGUGGGAGGAGACGGUGGGGCAGCUGAAGAGGCGGGUGGAGGGGAUGGAGAGGGGGAAGCGCAUGCAGGAGGUGGCGUUGCAGGAGGCGAAGGGGGCGUGGCAGCAGGAGGUGGAGGGGCAGAAGAAGGCCGUUGCUGCCGCCCUGGCGGACCUGGCUGCUGCUCAGGCAGAGGUGAGUCAAGCAGGGGGGGGACGGCUGGGAGGAGACGGUGGGGCAGCUGAAGAGGCGGGUGGAGGGGAUGGAGAGGGGAAGAGGAUGCAGGAGGUGGCGUUGCAGGAGGCGAAGGGGGCGUGGCAGCAGGAGGUGGAGGGGCAGAAGAAGGCCGUUGCUGCUGCUCUGGCGGAUUUAGCUGCUGCACAGGCGGAGGUGGCGAAGGGGCGUGAUGAGCUGGCGGCGUACAAGGUGCGGGCGGCAGCGAUGCUGAAGAAGAAGCAGGAGGAGCUGGAGGCGGUGGGGAACGCGGAUGCCAUGGCGAGCAAGGAAGAGGCAAUCCAGGAGGCGAAGCGGGCAAAGGCAGCAGCAGUGGCGGAGAGGGACAGAGCGCUCAAGGCUUUGGAGGAUGCUGCUGUGGACCAUGAGACGCAGAUGGCAGCGCGUAACGUGGCAUUGAUGGAAGCGGAAACGAAGAUACGGGAGCUGACGGGCAGGCUGGAGGCGGUGCGGCAGCAGAGCCGGGCAGCGCAGGAGGAGAUGCACGGGCGGAUGAUGGACCUGGAAGACGGGUGGCGCGCAGAGAAGCUGCGGCAGCAGGAUGAGAAGCUGAAAGGGCAGACGGACAGCCAGACAGCUACCUUGGAGUCUGAACUCAGAAGGAGAGUGGAAGCGGGGGAGAGGGAGCAUGCAGCGUACCGAGAGAUGGCGGACAAGACUAUAGAGGCCAAGGAUAAGGCGAUUGACGGGAAAGACAAGGAGAUUGCGCGGCUCUCUGCUGAAGCUGCACGCCUGCAGGAGGCUCUGAUUGCUGCUCAGGCUGGUUCUGCUGCUGCUGGUGGCGCUGGUGCUGGUGCUGCUGCUGCUGCUGCUGCUGCUAGUGUGGCUGGUGGUGGUGCCAACAGUGGUGCCGGUGGUGGUGUUGCUGGUGCUGGUGGUGGUGGGGAGGGUGAUGGGGUAAAGCUUGCGGGGCUGGGUGCUGCUGGGAUGGAUGGAGCGGCCAGUCCCAGGAAACCAGCUCUCAUCUCGGGUGAUGGGUUGAAGAUAGCGGGGCUGGGUGCUGCUGGGAUGGAUGGAGCGGCCAGUCCCAGGAAACCAGCUCUCAUCUCGCCCGGUUCUCGGAUGUCAGAUCCAGGGUUUGGCAAAUCACCCUCAUCCGGCCUACCUCUCUCCCUCGGUGCGUUGCCUCUCUCCCUCGGUGCGUUGCCUCUCUCCCUCGGUCCGUACCCCCUCGCCCUCGCUUUCUGUCCUCCCUCUUCCUUGUUGUCUGGAUCCAUCACCUGUCCGUCCUCACCUCCUUUUUCCAUCACCUCUGUUUACCUCCCUGAUAUUACCCCCCCCCUUCCUCCCCCCACCCAUGCCAUGCCCUCUGUGCAUCCACCAGAGGGGAUGGGGUUGGCAGACAACCCAGCAGAGAAGGCUGCGAUCGCAGAGCAACACAUACUGGUACGUCGUGCCCUUGCCACUCCUGCCUCUCUUCCCUCUGCUGCCUCUUUUCCCUCUGCUGCCUCUCUUCCCUCUGCUGCCUCUCUUCCCUCUGCUGCGUCUCUUCCCUCUGCUGCGUCUCUUCCGUCUGCUGCCUCUCUUCCCUCUGCUGCGUCUCUUUUCCUUGCGCGGCAGCAAGCACAAAGGGAGGAGGAGGUAGCACAGUGCAGGCGGCACAUUCAGGCACUGCAGGAGGAGAUCACAGACUUGCAGAGGGAGAAUCAGCUGAGAGCCAAGCAGGUGGGUGGGUGUUCUGUUGCGUUCAAGUGGGUGCUCUGUUGCAUUCAGGAACCCAUCUUGACGAAAGAGCUGAGGGGCGUGGAGAGAGCGCAGGAGAGAGGAGGAGUUAAUGCAUCUAACCCCCUCUUUUCCCCUGCUCCCUCACUCCUUUUCUUCCCGCGAAUCCGUCUUGAAGGAGGAGCUGAGGAACAUGGAGAGGGCGCAGAAGAGAUGAUUCAAAAGCAACACCCCUCCUACUCCCAUUUUCUCUUCUCCCUUCCUCCUCCCUUUCCUCGACUACAGGAAUCUGUCUUGAAGGAGGAGCUGAGGAACAUGGAGAGAGCGCAGAAGAGAGAGACGGUGGACAUGACUUAUCUGAAGAACGUGAUUCUGCAGCUGCUUAUCAGAACAGACCAGAGGGCAACCCUCAUCCCUGUGAUCGGCAUGAUACUGCAGUUCAGCCCAGACGAGGUGAGCCUAGGCCAGCCGGCACUCCUUUAG